AGUUAACCGUUGAGUGAAUAAAAGAAUUAUCCUUCCAAAAGUAUUGCUCUCAUCUAAAACAGCAGAAGCGAAAAAAUGAGUAGCAGCGCUACUUCCGCCCUCUCUCUGAAUCCGUUAACUUCUGGCGCCAUUCACAAACGCAAUUACCCUUCAAAUUUAACCCCAUCAUCAUCAAUCUGCUGCUCCCAGAAUCAACAGCAGCCUAAUCUCUCAGUUCUUCGCUUCACGCUUGGAAUACCUGGAUUGGAUGAAUCUUACCUGCCCAGAUACAUUGGAUAUGGAUUUGGGGCGCUUCUAGCGGUGAAUCAUUUUCUGGGCUCCGAUUCUUCAUCCAUCACUUCAGCUCAACUUAGAACGGAGGCAUUAGGACUUUCUCUUGCAUCAUUUUCUGCACUUGUCCCUUACCUCGGAAGAUUUCUCAAGGGGGCUUCUCCAAUUACUCAAAAAAGCAUACCUGAGGGUGUGGACCAAAUCUUUGCCAUGUCACGGGAUAUCGCUCCUGGAUUGAGGGAAGAUUUGGCUUGGGGAACAUAUGUCCUCUUGCGUAAUACAAACUCAAUAUCGGUGCUCAUUUCAGUUGAAGAUGCUUUAUGUGUGCGUGGUUAUUGGAGUGUGCCUAAGUUUAUGCCAAAAGAAAGCAUCCCUGAUUGGUUCCGGAAGCAGACACAAAAGAUUGGGUUGUCCGAGUUAAAGGAUGUCAUGUAUCUCCAACAGUCAGCAGAUUCGGAGCUGAAGGAGAUGGUUCCUGUGGGUACUAGGUCUCUCCUUGUGCAACCUAUCCGAGAAGCUCGUCAAUUAAGCUCGAGCCAAACAGAGGCGAGGAUGGGCUUCGUCCUGUUGGCUUCUGGAGUCGACUAUGCAUUUACUGAGAAAGACAUAGCAUGGAUAGCUUCCAUCGCCAGCAAAUUUAGUGGUAUAGUUCUAUCUUCAUAUUUGUAGAAUCUAGAUUAUUAUCCUAUAACUUAUAUGUUCAAGAUUGCAUAAGUAGGUAGUUUGUAUUCUGUUCACUUUGGUUGUAAUGCAUAAGAAUAUGCCCAUCAUUUAAAUUCCUUAAUUCUCUUCCA